AUGCGAACCCAGGUUCAUAAAGUGACAUGGUAUAUGCUACACUAUGGAGGUGCCACACCGAAGCGCCACUAUUGCCUUGCGAAUUCUCCCCACGUUGCUGGGUUGUGGGUGGAUAAGCUCAGGAACUGGAAACAGCAACUUGAGAAACUCAAGGCUAGUGGUAAGGCAAAGUCCCUAGUCAUCAAAUACAUCGACAAAGGGGGCAAGAAGCGCUGGAAAGGCAGUAAAUUGCUGCGUUCCAGCGAGAACUAUCCGCCACGUUUUGGACUUCGGCUGGUGGACUUGUGGCACCGCCUGAGUUCUGAGAAGUACGGUAUGCCAGCCUUGCCCAAAGAAGUUCCACCAGCUCAUGAGCUGGAAGCCAUGCUAGAGACUGCCCAUCUUCAGGAGGCUAAGGCUACUCCCCAGCGGGAACUGGUCAACAAGAGUGUGGCGGAGGCUGAAACCCAGCCAGCUUCAGAGGAGGAACUUCUGAAACUGGGGUUGGGUGGGUCAGAUGAUGGUUCUGUGAAGGGCAAGACUCGAGUCACGAAUCGCAUCAUGGCUAUGUGGCGGGGUGGCCAGCUUGAUGGUGACAUGGCCAUGCAGCUUUUGGGGCUUCAAUUGACCACUGGUUCUAGUUCGGCUACAUCCAAUCUGGAAGCUGGAGAGGAAAACGCCCUGAAGGCAAAGUUGAGGCGUUUGUGCGAGCCCAAAAAAAAUGGGCAGUUGCAAGUUCCACAGUGGCUCCAUGACCAGUGGAAGAAUGGAGAUCACAUGGCCAUGGCCAAACAGCUUGCACAGUGCAACUUCGACAAGGAGGCGUUCAUCAAGUUCAAGGAGAAGUCCCUCACAAAGAAUGACAAGACUGUCAGCGAUUUGGAAAUGGGGUGGUAUUCCAGGGACGAUAUGCUGAAGGUCUUAAAAUGGAACACGAAGAAGAUCGAUGGUGCCAUCAAAUGUUGUGAGCAAGAUCAGGCAAACCUGGUGAGGCGCUGUGCCUAUGGCGGAGAUGAUGAGUACUACGUGCGGGUGCGUGAGACAGGGAAUCGCCAGCAUGAAAAGAUCAGUUCGGAGGUCACCAGGGAAAAUGCCCAGGAGCCAGAGAUGGAUUGCACGGCAUCACUUCCGGAUGUGAGUGCCAGUGAUGCUGACCAAGUUGAGACCCGACUGAGAGCUACAACUGCUGGGACUGUUGUGGCCACGUCCCAGGCCAACAGGUCCAAAGACACCUUCCGAAAGUAUAUCGAUUCCGUGCUGCAGAAAAGUGCCAAGAUCAGAGGAUUGAUUGGUGACCUACGCAAGAACUACUGUGAAGAUGAGCAUGCAAAGAAGUCCAUUGAAGCCUUGGAUCAGGAUUUGGCGACUUUGGACAACGAGUACAACACUUUGAGUGAACACAUGGCCAAAGGAGAGCAGGAUGAUUUCAACCCUGAGUGGUUUGGCAAUCUUAUGGUGGGCAAAGGAAGCAGAGGCAAAGAUGAAAGCAUCGACUUUCACGUGGCCCACUAG